CAGAGAGGAGAGAAACGCCAUCCGUCCAGCAUCCCUCAGGAGGAGUCUCCGCGGCUGUGGAUGGGAAGGCAAAAGGAGCGUUUGUUGAGGAGGUGAGGAGGAGGAGGAGGAGGAGCAGGAAGGGAGGAAGGCAGAGAAGGAAAAGGGGCGCACGAGCGAAGCGAACGUGGUGGAUGCGAGGAGGAAAAACGCGCGCGCUGUGGGAGUUACACAACCAGCGAUAAUAGCAUCCUUUGCACGCGCCGCAUCAGCACCGAGGUUUGUGGUCACCGCAGAUUGGCUGGACCGGGCCGGACCGGACUGGGCUGGACCCUGCGCGCUCCAUCCUUUUCUCCGUGGCAGAAUUAAAGGAUUACUUUGUCUUUAUAACAGAAAGAGGAACCCGGACUGUCUCGGAAGCCUGAGUGUUGGUCUCCCCAUCCCCCUCAGCCCCCCUCUCCAACCCCCCGGUCCUCGCAGGAUAGUAGGAUAAGCUCGUGCUGGUGCUCUCGGGCUCUCUAAAGGCUAAAGAUGUCCGGACAAACCCUGACUGACCGCAUCGCUGCGGCUCAGUACAGCCUGACCGGCUCUGAGGUGGCCAGGGCCGUGUGCAAGGCCACCACCCACGAGGUGAUGGGACCGAAGAAAAAACACCUGGAAUAUCUGAUCCAGGCUACACAGGAGUCCAAUGUGAACAUCCCUCAGAUGGCCGACACGCUGUUCGAGAGGGCAGGGAAUGCCAGCUGGGUCGUCGUCUUCAAGGCACUGGUCACCACACACCACCUCAUGGUCCACGGCAAUGAGAGAUUUAUCCAGUUCCUCGCCUCCAGGAACACACUUUUCAAUCUCAGUAACUUUUUGGACAAGACUGGCUCUCGUGGCUACGACAUGUCCACCUUCAUUAGGCGCUACAGCAGAUAUCUGAACGAGAAGGCUUUUGCAUACAGACAGAUGGCUUUUGACUUCGGCCGAGUGAAGAAAGGGGCCGACGGGGUGAUGAGAACGAUGUCUACAGAUAAGCUGUUGAAGGGCAUGCCCACCCUGCAGAGUCAGAUCGACGCCCUGCUGGAGUUUGACGUCCAUCCAAAUGACCUUGUCAAUGGGGUGAUCAAUGCUGCUUUUCUGUUGCUCUUCAAGGACCUGAUCAAGUUAUAUGCCUGCUACAACGACGGAAUCAUUAACCUCCUGGAGAAAUUUUUCCAGAUGAAGAAAGGACAGUGCAGAGAUGCUUUGGAAAUCUACAAAAGAUUCCUGACACGAAUGACGCGAGUUUCAGAGUUCCUCAAAAUUGCAGAGCAAGUCGGAAUUGACAAGAACGACAUCCCAGAACUCACUCAGGCCCCUGAGAGUCUGCUGGAGUCUCUGGAGACACAUCUGAACACCCUUGAGGGAAAAAGGGGUGAUGAGUCGCCAACUAAGAAAGUGUCAGCAGCCAGUAAUGGGACGCCUGCUGGGACUCCAGUAAAGACAGCAGAGGCCAUUCCUGUACCGGUCAGCGCAGCAGCUGCUGCCCCUCAGCUGCCUGCAGCCGAGCCGAAAGCAGCAGCAGCAGCAGCAGCAGCAGCAGCAAACAGUGGAUUUAAUGAUCUGGUGGAUUUUGAUUUGCUGGCUCCCAGUGCCGGUGCCUCAGCAGCUCCCACAGCAUCAUGGGGAGAUCUUCUGGGUGAGGACUCUCUCUCAUCUCCUGCUGCAGCUCUGCUGUCUGACUCUGACUCCGCUGCUGCUGCUCCAGCUGAUUCUGCUGAAACAGGCGCCGCGGCUGCAGCCGAACCUGCGGCUAAUGCUAACGCUAGCGCUGCUGCUCCAGCAGCCCCAGCCUCGCUUCCCACACCUGCCCCAACCACAUCCAUCUCAGACAUGGACCUAUUCGGAGAUGCGUUUGCCCCCUCCCCGGGCGACGGGCCAGUUGAGGGCGGGGCUCCAGCAGUUGCUGCUGAUGCAUGUGCCGGAUCUGACCCCUGGGCUCCCUCAGAGGGGAGUGUGGAAGUUGCCCCAGAGCUGGACCUUUUUGCCAUGAAGCCAGCAGAGGGCAGCACUGCGGCAGAAAGCCCAACUAACGGAGAGCCGAGCAUCGUCCCCAGUGACCCUGCCGCUGCCCCCAGCGCUGCAGCCCCCGCUGAACCCACAACCCCCACCACAACCACCACCAUCACCACAGCCACAGAGUCAGCGGCCGCUCCGCCACUAGACAUCUUUGGUGAUAUGUUUGAUUCUGUGCCUGAGCAAAGCGCCUCCACAGAGCCCAAAGCUGCCGUUACACCCACUGCUAACGUAGACCUGUUUGGUGCAGAUCUUCCCGCUGUCUCUCGAGGGCCGUCGCCCCUGCCUGAGGCCACAGUCACCGGUGACCUUCUGUCAGACUCCUUCAUUGCUCCGGCUCCGUCUUUGGCCGCUGCUCCUGCUCCAACUCCGGUUUCUCCUCCCAAACCCGAGGCUCCUGUUCUGGACCUGCUGGACACUUUCGGGGAGGCUGCAGCAGAGCCUCAGAGCUCAGCGGCUGCUGGAGAUCUGCUCGGAGGUCUGAUUUCUCCAGUGGCUCCUACCGUCCCCCCGGUGGCCUCUGCAGCGGCGGUGCCGUCCGGAGCCCAGGCUGACCUGCUGGAGUCCGCCUUUGACGCUUUCGCCUCCAGCCCUGCUGCCUCCACAGCGGUGGACAGUGCACCGGCAUCCACAACGCCCUCUGGAGGAUUUGACCCGUCAGUGUUCGAUGGGUUAGGUGACCUCCUCAUGCCCACUAUAACACCCCAGAGUACCGGCGGGACCCCCAUGGCUGCAGCAGGGGUUCCAGCGGCUCCAGCAGUAGUGCCAGCUGCAGUGCCCACCAUGAUGCCCACCAUGAUGCCCGCCAUGGUGCCCACUGCAGCCCCGCCACCAAAAGCCAUCGGCGAUGACCUCGAUUCAUCACUUGCAAACCUUGUUGGAAAUCUGGGGAUGGGAAACCAGAAAAAGGAUGAGAAGAAGCUGACUGGCGGCGCAAACUGGACUCCACAGGUCGCGCCCACCAGCUGGGGCACACCUGCAGCACAGAUGCCUGGAGCUGCAGCUGGAGCGCCCCCUGCUGGAGCCAUGCCAUCUACCAUUGGGACACAGCCUGGAUUCAGCCUGCCCCCAGCUGCUGGUGCUGGAGCUCCCAUGAUGCCCCAGCCGAUGAUGAUGGGUCAGCCUAUGAUGAGGCCGCCUUUUGCAGGAGCGCCUGGAGCACCUGGAGCCCCACUGUCUCCAGGCCCAGCAGCGCAGAGCCCUAAGAAGCCUCCGACUAAAGACCCUCUGGCUGACCUCAACAUUAAGGACUUCUUGUAAUCUCCCAGUGUUUUGCUGCUGGGUUCCGGUGAGAGUGGCGCGUCCGCUGACCGUUUACACACCUUCAGUUAGCCACAACCCGAAAACACACGCACCCCUGCCCCCCUCCCUGCUCCGUGUAAUGUCGUAGCACAAACUGUGAAGUGAAACAUAGAGAAAAAAUGUAAAAGAACAAAAGAACAGUGAAGGUGUGCUUAUGUCAACGUAAUCUAACCAUUUGUUUUAAUGGAAAAUAAAAACAUUCAAACUUAAAGCGAUUUAAAAAAUGACGUAUGUAUUUAUGUAGAGUUUUUCCAGUGUUGGCAUCUGAGUGCGAAUGACGUGUGUGUGGGUGUGUUGAUGAUUUCCUGUUCUGCCCCAGCUGUUUCCUGUGGGGUCACAGGGUCACACUUUCUGUUCUGUGUCCAUUUCGGAGCAGCGUGUAACGUGUCCUCUGCAGAAGGUAAUUGUGUAUAUACUCGGAAAAAUGAAAAAAAAAAAUGCUCUACUCUGUAUCUGUGGAUGAGCUUAUUGACGUGAAUCUGAUUAUGAAAUUAUGACGUGGUCAUCUCCCAUCACUGGUUAUAUACAUAUUUGUUUCUGAAAAUAACUUAUACAUACAAUAUACAUACACAGUAUAUGUAUAAACGAGUAUCAUAUCUCGGCUUCUAAAUUCUAUAUAAACCCUCAAUGACAUGUCUUUGUUUUGGAUGGUUAAUCGUGGUUCUCCCUCACGUUCUGCCUUUUUAAUGGAAACGUUUAGAUGAAGGACGUCUGUCAGUCCGAUGUUAAAGGAACAGGUUGAGUAAACCUGCUGAUGUACCUGAAACCAGUGGGAGCUAAUAGCCACUCAUCAUUUUAAUAAGGCUAUUUUAAUAAUGAUGGCUACUCACUUCCAUUCAAAGUGAAUUUCCUAGCAUUUCUAGCUGAAUCGUUCCGUCGAGUCCUAAAAUAUUUCAUCUGUAUUUUUAUUUUUAAAACAUAUGUUGUUUUUGUUUGAUGCCAGGUUGAAUUUAAGUGGGUGGAAACUACAGCAAGUCAUUUUCAGAAUCCACGAAUAAAAGAACUACAUUUACAUUAGCUGGAUUUUGAGGGAUGAUGCUAAACUUUCCCACGAUUCCCCACUGUCUGUCAGUGGCGUUUUGAUUUCCAUGAUUGCUUGUGCUGUUUAAAUACUAAACGUAAGCUGGUCGGUGUUAUUUUUGUAUAAAUGUAGACAGAAAUGUUUAGUCCCGUCCCCCUUUGAUCACAACACUGAUCCAACACCUGGUUUGUUAUGUGUGAUAUUGAAAUAAUGUUUAAUUUCUCACUGUCUUCUGGCAAAGACGCAGCAGAUACAUAACGGAAAAGUGUGUUUCAUCUGUAGGUGAAUAAAGCCCUCUUGGAGCUGGAUUAGUUUUCCCCGAGGAGGUGGUGCAAUUUCUCAAGAUUUGAUUUACACAGUAUCUGUGUACGUCGCUACAGACAGACUGAAUCUUUUAUGCUUAUGUCAACAUUACAGCACAGAAAGCACUCAAUAACAAUAACAGCACAACACACGGCCGUGUGUAUCAGCAGGAUUAAAAUCGCUCCACAGUUACUACCGUCAGACUGUACAGCUACUGCAGAUUCAUACUGGAUUAAAAUUGGGUCCCAUUUUAGAAAUGACAGUAUCUCACAAACACCCAGGCUAAAACUAAUCCCGCUCCAGUUGGGCUCUAGAUCAGGUUUAUUUGGCCUCCUGGCUGCUCAGAGAUGGUAGAUGUGUGUGUUUCCAGAAGAGCUCACUGUUAAACAGUGUUACGGUAAUGACGUGUAACCCAGUGCAGUCAGUUCCGUAUCGUUCGCUCCCACAUAGACCUGUUCUGCUCGUCCUCGUAUCGGAUACUGUAAACCUUCGGUUGUUGUGAAAAAUGAUUGGUAGAAAAUGGCGGAAGAUAAUCUGUCUCUUUUUGUUUAUUUUUCCAGAUCGAUUUAUUUAUUUAUUUAAUUUAUUCAUAGAUUUAUGACUCCCUGACCCGGUGCAUGUAAGCCUUUUGAGAUGCAAUAAACGCACUGAAGAUGAAACGUC